AAUAUGUUUCGGAAAUAGGCGUCGUGAUUCUUUGAGCCGGUUACUAUUUAAACUUACAGCAAACAUUUGCAAUGCUGUCAGCAAUACAUCUGUCAGCUGUCAGUUUUUUUCCUUCAACUGUCAAAAGCGCCGCGUUCGUGUUUACACACAGAGCUUAGAAGGCUUGGCGUUCAACUUCUCUGCUUUGUUAAAAAAAAGUUAGUUUUGGCUGCAAUAAGGCCCUUCGAAAAUGGGUGACCGCUACAACAUACACAGCCAGUUGGAGCAUCUUCAGAGCAAAUACAUCGGGACGGGCCAUGCGGACACCACGAAGUACGAGUGGCUAACGAACCAACACCGGGACUCGCUCGCAACCUACCUGGGUCACUACGACAUGCUGAGCUAUUUUGCGGUGGCCGAAAACGAAUCCAAAGCACGCAUUCGCUUUAACAUUAUGGAGAAAAUGUUACAACCGUGCGGCCCUCCGCCGGAAAAGCCCGAAGAUUAAAAUAAACUCGUCGUCCGAUAG